AUGUUGAAAAUAUUGUUCCAUUUAUUGGGAGCUAUUCAAUUUUUCUAUGGCUGUUAUUAUGAUUAUACUUACGUAAAAAUACCUAGUACCUCAUCGACAGUGACCCCCUUCGGUGGAAAAUUUAAGUACCUGACUUAUCUAAAUGCAAUGUUGCAAACAGUCUACUUCACAGUGGCGUUAAUUAACGAUAUUAUUGGGACCAAUGAAUCAACGCCUUCAAAUAAACCACUUGUGAGAAGAAUUAAGGAUACUCUAUUUAGUGCUCUUGCUUUUCCAUUAGCAAUGUUUGUUGGUAUUUCAUUUUGGGCUAUAUAUGCAGUUGACAGAGAACUUAUUUUACCUAAGGCUUUGGAUGCAUUUUUCCCUACAUGGUUAAAUCACGUGAUGCAUUCUAAUAUUGUGUUGUUUACAAUAAUAGAAAUCAGCACAUCAUUCAGGAUGUAUCCUGGUAGAAAGUUUGGAUUAUCAAUUCUAUCAGCAUUCAUGCUUGGCUAUGUUAUUUGGGUUCAUGUCAUUUACUUCAAAACUGGAAGCUGGGUGUAUCCUAUCCUUAAUGUAUUGAAUUGGCCACUACGCAUCAUGUUCUACUUAUUCAGUCUUGGUUUGGUUUGUGGUCUCUACACUUUGGGGGAGACAUUAAACCGAUCUGUAUGGGCCAAGGAAGUUGAAGCUACCGUUAAAUCAGGCAAGAAAAAAGCCAAAUAG